AUGCGAUGCGGAGACCAGUGCCCCGGGUUCAGCGUGCAUGGCUGGAGAAAGAUCUGUGUGCACUGCAAGUGUGUGCGCGAGGAGCAUGCGGUGCGGGCCGUCCCGGGGCAGCUGGAGAAGAUGAUGACCAAACUGGUGUCGGACUUCCAGAGACACUCCAUCUCUGACGACGACUCGGGCUGUGCCUCUGAGGAGUACUCGUGGGUCCCACCGGGGCUCAAGCCGGAGCAGGUGUACCAGUACUUCAGCUGCCUGCCUGAGGACAGAGUGCCUUAUGUGAACAGCCCAGGAGAGAGGUACAGGAUCAAACAGCUGCUGCAUCAGCUGCCUGCGCACGACAGCGAGCCACAGUACUGUAACUCCAUGAACGAGGGCGAGAAGAAGGAGCUGCGAGCCUUCAGCCAGCAGAGGAAACGGGACAACCUGGGCAGAGGGGCGGUCCGACUGUUCCCCGUGACCAUGUCAGGAGGCAUCUGCCAUCAGUGCGGCAGACAGAUCAGUGGGGGAGAUAUUGCUGUUUUUGCCAGUCGGGCUGGACCCGGCUGCUGCUGGCAUCCCCAGUGUUUCCAAUGUGCCUCCUGUAAUGAGCUGCUGGUGGAUCUCAUAUACUUCCACCAGGACGGACAGAUCUACUGCGGCCGGCACCACGCAGAGAGGCUAAAGCCACGCUGCCAGGCCUGUGAUGAGAUUAUUUUAGCAGACGAGUGCACGGAGGCGGAGGGCAGGUACUGGCACAUGAAGCACUUCUGUUGCUUUGAGUGUGAAGCUGCACUGGGAGGUCAGCGCUACAUCAUGAGGGAGAGUCGUCCGUACUGCUGCUCCUGCUACGAGGCGCUGUACGCAGAGUACUGUGACACCUGCGGAGAAAACAUAGGUAUCGACCAGGGCCAGAUGACCUUUGAGGGUCAGCAUUGGCACGCGGUGGAGGCGUGUUUCUGCUGCGCUCGUUGCCGCCUGCCGCUGAUGGGACGACCCUUCUUGCCUCGUGGCGGCCUCAUCUUCUGCUCCAGAGCCUGUUCUUUGGGAGACGAUCCAAACAACUCUGACUCCUGUGACUCAGCUCUGCAGAACCGCUCUCCAAACAGGAGACCUGUUACUGGAAGAGGCCAGCAGCAACACUGUUGUUCACCACUGCAGCCACUAGAGGGCCUCCCUCCUCAUGUCAUUCCAGCAAGAGACUGCAUUUACACCUCUAUGAAUAACAGAGGUCCACCCUGCACUUUUGUAGAACAGAAUGGAGCACCUUUGUCGCAUCACCCUCUUCCCAGGGGCACAUACUCCCCUCUUCCACACAUACAUAUGACAAAUGGAAGGGGGCCCUCUUGGUCCAAUGGCAUCACACAUCACAGUGUUCCUCUAGGGCGCAGUGACAGUCCUCACUUGAUCUACUCUCUACAUGAGAACAGGUUGAAUGGAGAAAUAGGACUUCCACUCACCUGCAUUCAUUCAAGAGACACUUCCACCACUAAAGACUGUAUUGCUUGGGUAGAAAAGACAAAUCAAGCGUUUCCGUCUUCAAACCAUCGGGACUCACCUGAUCUACCUCCAUCUGACUCUGAGCUGCCUCCUCCUCUUCCCACCAAGUCCCGAGAGCUGGUCGUCAGAGACUCCCCUGUGACUGUGGACCGGACCUUAGACUCCCCUCCUCCACUGUCCCGCGGGGGGACGGCCCGGGUCAGCUUCAGAGAACCAAUCAGCAGCAGCUAUUCUGUGGAGGAGGAAGAAGAGGAGGAGGAGGAGGAAGAAGAGCCUUAUGACAAAGAGGAGGAUGGAAGCAGGUUACAUCCACAGCAGGGCAUUCCACCUCAGCUAGAUCUGCUAGACGGCUCCUCGCACCAUCACCGCAGUCGCCGGCGUGACCACUGCCGCGUGCCGUCGGACCCCUGCGUCCCGGGCUGGUCCGAGAGACGCCGCAGACGCUCCGAGCGCCCGAGGUUGGACUCCCUCGAGCACCGUGCAGAGAGGGACCGAGACCACCGCGGUUCUUCCCGGUCUCUGAGUCUGCAGCCGGGACAUCGCCGACACGACGAAUUCUGCUCCACCUGCUCCUCAUCCUCCGACUCAGAGGAGGAGGGCUUCUUCUUGGGCAAACCCAUCCCCCUGCCCCCCCAGCUUCAAGUGAACCAGCCAAGCACGCCUGCAGCCGCGACCAAAGAAACACGCAAAGACAGUGGACUCCGGGGCAGUUUCAAACGCAGGAGGGCUCACAGUAUCUGCCCUCUGGACCUCUGCCUGACCCUGGGACACGACCACCAGCCCCCCGAGUCUACCGGGAAAGAGGCGACUCAGAGCGUGCUCCACUACCAGGCCAUGCUCCUCCGUCUGGGGAACAGAACUCUGUAG